GGUGACCUGGAGGUCCAGGAGGUGCCAGACAGGUCUGGGUAUAGGCUCCCAGGAAGUUGCCACACAGGUGAGGCAGCAGCUUGUCCCGGGGGGAGCGUGGGGCUACAGGUGUGGUGCCACCUCUCGCUGGCCCCGUGGCCUUGGGCAACUGACUGCCUCGGAGCACUGGCAGAAGUGCUUCCUUCCCCACGGGGUGUUGGAAGGCUCGGAGAAAGCGCCUUAGGGACCAUAAGGGCUGUCUUGGAGGGAAACACGCAAUAAAAGAUGACUGAUUUACAUGUGCUGAGACUCCCUCUCGAAGGUGCCUUCUAUGGUCUGGUGAGGGCUGGAAGGUUUAGGUAAAUAUUUCAGGGUUACUCUGAUAGCGCCCGAGGGCCGGUUUCAGACCUGAGCCUGAGGGGCUCUCAGCUCCCAAGACCCCUCUCUCCAUGAUAGCCAUCACAACCACUCUUAGGGCGAGUGCACCUCACUGACUCAGCCUGUGAAGCCGCACUGAGCUUUACUCUGCCUUGUUGGCUGUCCUCCGGCUCCAGGGCAGUGGUGGGGUUUGGAGCCUCCAGGGACACUUCUGCUUCUCCCACAACAAGGACAGGUAGGGGACAGAAACCCCUGCCCCUUACCUCUGCAGGGGUCUCUGCACUCAGACCCCCUCCUUCCCUGCAGCCACCCAGACCUGGAAGAGCCCCCAUCCCUGAAUGCCACCCGGAGGCCUCAUCAUCCUGGCCACCCGGCUCCAAGGGCGGAGGCAGCCCUGCGCGGCUUGGGAAGGCUGCACGGAGUAAACCACACCCCUGCUGGGUUGUGACGGGCCUGAGGCACCGAGGUUGGCCAAGCGCUUCAGUCAGGACCGGGCAUUCCUGUCCUACUGGCACUGAAGGUUGUGAAAGACCCUGUGACAGGGGACGAGACUCUUCCACUUGCUGCUGCCCUGGGCCCGCUCCCUGCUUUCUAGACGUCAGUGGCCCUUCUAGGUGUGGGCACGAGAGCAGGGGUGGGUGGGGUUGGUGCUGAUGGCAAUGGCUGGAGGAAACGGGUCUUCAUGGGUGGUAGGCCCCCAUCACGGGGGUGUCUGAGUCUCCGCAUAGGUUUAAGGUCCCUCGUUUCCUCGGCAGGUGGAUUGUCUUAGAGUGGGUGUGAGGUUUGGGUGGAGUGGGAGCAGUUGGGAGGGACCAGGGAGGAGCUUGGGGCCAGCAGGUACAUCACUGGUCCUGGGUUAAAAAGCCAGCAGUCCUUGGUCCUGCAUCCACUGCCUGCCAUUUGUGGCCCUUGAGAACAGCCAGCCUCAUGGCUCUGGCAAAAAUUCCUGGGACCUGCUUGCUCACUGUUCGUGUCCUGCAGGCCCAUGGCCUGCCCUCAAAGGACCUAGUGACUCCCUCUGACUGCUAUGUGAGUCUGUGGCUGCCCACAGCCUCUAGCCACAGGCUCCAGACACGCACGGUCAAGAACAGCAGAAACCCCAUCUGGAAUCAGAGCUUUCGCUUUCGAAUCCACGGCCAGCUCAAGAAUGUCUUGCAGCUGCAAGUCUUUGACCAGGACCUUCUGACCAGUGAUGACCCCAUGUUGUCAGUGCUGUUUGACUUGGGGACUUUGCAGGCUGGGGACUUUCGCCGAGAGAGCUUCUCACUGAACCCUCAGGGUGAGGAGCGGCUAGAAGUUGAAUUUCGGCUGCAGAGACUGACAGACUGUGCUGAGCAGCUCGUCAGUAAUGGCAUCCUGGUGGCCCGGGAGCUCUCCUGCUUGCAUGUUCGACUGGAGGAGGCAGGGGAUCAGAAACAAUCUGAGGGCAGAGUUCAGCUUGUGGUUCCUGGGUCCUAUGAGGGUCAACAGGAAGCCUCCGUAGGCGCUGGCCCUGUCUGCUUCCAUUGCCCGGCCUGCUGGGAGCAGGAGCUGGGUAUCCUUCUGCAGGGUGCCCCUCGAGAGCAACUAAAGGUGCCCCUAAGCGCCUUGCCCUCCGGCCAAGUAGUGAGGCUUGUCUUCCCUACAUCCCAGGAGCCCCUGAUGAGGGUGGAGCUGAGAAAAGAAGGACCGAGGGAGCUGGCGGUGCGGCUGGGCUGUGGCCCCUGUGCGGAGGAGCAGGCCUUCCUGAGCAAGAGGAAGCAGCUGGUGGCCAGAGCCCUGAAGCAGGUCCUGCAGCUGGAUGACGACCUGCAGGAGGACGAGGUCCCCGUGGUCGCUGUCAUGGCCACCGGCGGUGGGAUACGGGCAAUGUUGUCCCUCUACGGGCAGCUGGCUGGACUGAGGGAGCUGGGGCUCUUGGAUUGUGUCUCCUACAUCACAGGGGCCUCGGGCUCCACCUGGGCUUUGACCAGCCUCUAUGAGGACCCAGAAUGGUCUCAGAAGGACCUGGCGGGACCCACCGAGUCCCUGAAGACACAGGUGACCAAGAGCAAGUUGGGCGUGCUGGCCCCCAGCCAGCUGCAGCGGUACCGGCAGGAGCUGGCUGAGCGGGCCCGCCUGGGCCACCCGCCCUGCUUCACCAACCUGUGGGCCCUCAUCAGUGAGGGCCUGCUGCACGAGGAGCCCCGUGACUGCACACUGUCAGACCAGCGGGAGGCCCUGAGUCGAGGUCAGAACCCUCUGCCCAUCUACUGUGCCCUCAACACCAAGGAGAAGGGCCUGACCACCUUUGAAUUUGGAGAGUGGUGCGAGUUCUCCCCGUAUGAGGUUGGCUUUCCCAAGUAUGGAGCCUUCAUCCCCUCUGAGCUCUUCGGUUCUGAGUUCUUCAUGGGGCGCCUGACCAAGCGGCUUCCUGAGUCCCGAAUCUGCUUCCUUGAAGGUAUCUGGAGCAACCUGUAUGCAGCCAACCUCCAGGACAGCUUAUACUGGGCCUCGGAGCCCAGCCAGUUCUGGGACCGCUGGGCACAGGAUCAGGCCAGCCGGGACAAGGAGCAGGUCCCUCUUCUGAAGAUAGAAGAGCCUCCUACAGGGGCCGGAAGGAUUGCAGAGUUUUUCACCGACCUUCUGACACGGCGCCCACUGGCCCAGGCCACCCAUAAUUUCCUGCGUGGCCUCCAUUUCCAUAAGGACUAUUUCCAUGAUCCUUACUUUUCCACCUGGAAAGCCACCAAACUGGAUGGGUUCCCCAACCAGCUGACACCUGCUGAACCUCACCUUUGUCUGCUGGAUGUUGGCUACCUUAUCAACACCAGCUUCCCACCCCUUCUGCGGCCCACACGGGAUGUGGACCUCGUCCUGUCGCUGGAUUACAACCUCGAAGGAGCCUUUCAGCAGCUGCAGCUUCUGGGCCGGCUGUGUGGGGAGCAGGGCAUCCCAUUCCCGCCCAUCUCGCCCAGCUCUGAGGAGCAGCGCCAGCCUCGCGAGUGCCACUUGUUCCUGGACCCAGAUUGCCCCGACGCCCCGGCGGUGCUGCACUUCCCUCUGGUGGACGACUCCUUCCGGGAGUAUUCGGCCCCGGGCAUCCCACGGACCCCCGCAGAGAAGGCGGCUGGGGAGGUGAACCUGUCUCCUUCCGACUCUCCCUACCACUACUCGAAGCUGACCUACAGCCUGGAGGAUGCAGACAAGCUGCUCCACCUGACCCACUACAACAUCUGCAACAACCGGCAGCAGCUGCUGGAGGCCCUGCGGGGUGCCGUGCUGCGGAGGCGACAGCGCCGGCACCACCAACCCCAGUGAGGGUGUGGGGGGUGGGCUCAGGGCUUCCCCCGACCCCCCCAACGGGCCCCUCAGACUUGCACCCAGGAGACCCUGGUGGACAGGAAGAGUUGGGGCAGACACUCCUCACCCAGGGUUCCAGAGCCCCUGGGGCCUGGAGGGCCUAGCCACGGCCCGUGCCCUCCAAGGGGCUUCACCAGGCCAUGUGCCCAACACCACCCUGACAGGGCCCCACAGCUACCAGCAUACAUGGGCCCUACAUGGGCUACCCUACAUGGGCCGGGAGCCUGAGUGGCUUAGAAGGGCUGGGCCUGGUCUCCUCAGGCCAGAGAUGGCUCCCUCUUCAAGCAAAGAGAACGUUUAGAGGGGCUGUGGUCACCCGAGGUAGACAUGGGAGACAACGGCUUGAGCCCAGAGUGGUGUGGAUCCUAGUUGUGGAAGCGCUCAAAGCCCUGGGCCCCUCUCCCCUUGCUCCCUUGAGUAACUGUACUGUGUGAAAUAGAGUGGUUUAUAUAUCACAGAGGCUCAUAUAAAUGUGAGGUGGGAACAGGUGACAUCAUGCCAGGCUCAUGGUUACACGUAACAAGGACUGGUUUGAAAAAGCUCUUGCCAGACCCCAUCCAGAGCUAGCGAAUAGGUGCAUCUGGACUUCCCCUGAGGAGAAGACCACAUGUGCCCUGUUGGGGCCACCCUUUCUAAGCAGUGGGGAGGCCCGUUUGGCCCGGGGGUUCUGCUGUGGGAACCCUGGCCUUGCGCAGGUGAGUGGACACACAGGCAGUGGCACCCCCGUCCUCCUCCCCCCAUCAGACGGCUGCUUCCUUUCCCACAGCAGGGGUGGCCACACCUGCAAUCAGAGGAGCCACAGGAACGAGAGGGUGACCUCCUACAGCAAGCUGUGGUCUUGGUGAGGGCUGCCUCUUAACAAGGAACUAUCUGUUCCAGACCUUGGUCCUGGUAGCAGAGUCUUAGGCUGGUCUCCUAGAGGUUGUCCUUGUUGGUAGCCCUGAGGUUUGCUGCCACUUCAGGGUUUGGUUCAGGGUCCUGACCUGUUGGGGGAACAGGAAGGCAGAGUGAACUUAGGGCUUGGCCUCCCUUAGAACAUUCCACCUCCUGCUGGUGCUGGGAUUGUGGCUGACAGGCAGCUAGCUGCAGGACUGACCAUACAGUGUGCAGAGGGUAGAGGGAAGAGAACAGAUUCUUGUGACCCAACUCCCCCUGUUUGCUCUGGCCCACUGAUGCUUGGGCCCUGCCUAGGGCAUGUAGCUAGUGUACAGUGGAAAAAAAUGGGGGCCCUGGGAGCCUUAGAAGCCACCAUCCAGGGACAAAGCCUAUUCAUUCAGCAACAUGUUCUUUGGAUUUGAAAGUGGAGCCUGUGUGCCGGAGACCACAGCCAUGGCCACCUUCUGAGGUGCUGGAAACACUCCUCGGGCCUGACCUGGGGUGUCUGUCUCUGCGAGAGUCUGUAUGAGUGUAUGUGUGAGGGGUGACAGCCUGACUUCUGGCCUGCUCGAGGAUAGUAAGGUUCCCCUUUCCUGUUGGAACAGGGAAGAGCCGGAGAGAGGGCAGAGUGCAGGCCAGAUAUGGCUAGCCAGCAACCCAUCUUCUGUUUUGGACAGGAAGAGGAGGCCAAGAAGUGAGCCAGGGGUGGAUGCCCAGCGUAUCCUUACCUUGGGCCUGGCCAGGGCAGGGAAGGGAGGGUGAGCCGGAGGCAGGUGCCUGGGCAGGGCCCUCAGCCUGCAGGAACUCCAGGGGUUGUGGCUGGCUGUGAGUGCUCACGGGCAUCUCCCUCAGUGAAGAAGUCAGGGGACAGGCGUGGAAUCUGUGAGGAAAAGGAGGACCCUCAGGGCCUGGAUUCUGAGCAGAGGCUCAUACCCGAUUGGGAGGGUGGGUGCUAGGAUUUUCUGUUGCUAAGGGUCUCAAAUAUGGGGGUUACCCCACACCCUAGCAGAUCUGAGUCUCCAGAUCUUGGGCUUAAGAGGGCUGCAGCUGUGCCAAUCAUGGAGCUCAGGACCGCCCCCCCCCACCACAUCCGCAGGUGCCCUACCUGAGUGGGGCGGCUGGGCCAGGCACACCCUCAGCAGUGUGCUCAGCGGGGAGGCCCCCUGGUCUGGCUGGGUGCUCCAGGCUCAGACUUCGGGCUGCAGAGCAAAGGGAGAUCAGUGGUCAGUCCCUGCCCCUGUGCGAGGCCUUCUGUAGACAGCAGACUCCCUGCAUGUCUGUGUCUCCCCCACAGAGUCCUACAUGGAAAUGCUAACGCUAAGGGGAUGAUAUUGGGACAUGAUUAGGUGAUGAGAGGGGAACCCUUACAGAAACCCUAGAGAACACCCUAGCCCCUUCCACCAAGUGAGACACGGUGAGAGGGCUCCCAUCACGACUUGGAAGAUGUCUCUUACCAGACCCCAAAUCUGGUGGCACCUUGAUGGUGGACUUCCCAAUCUCUAGAACUGUAAGAAAUAAAUGGUUCUGGUCUGUUA